AUGCCGCGCGAUAUUAUUACUUUGCAACUAGGACAAUGUGGGAACCAAAUUGGGAUGGAGUUUUGGAAGCAGCUGUGCGCUGAACAUGGAAUCAGUCCUGAAGGUACACUUGAAGAAUUCGCAACAAGUGACGCUGACCGCAAAGAUGUCUUUUUCUACCAGGCAGAUGAUGCUCAUUAUAUUCCUCGUGCUGUGUUACUGGACUUAGAACCCCGUGUAAUCAAUACAAUAUUAUCUUCACCUUAUGCUCGACUUUACAAUCCAGAAAAUGUAUAUUUAUCUAAACAUGGAGGUGGUGCCGGUAAUAAUUGGGCAGCUGGAUACACACAAGCCGAAGGAAGUGAUAGCUUAGAGGGCUUCGUAAUGACUCACUCUAUCGCUGGAGGAACAGGGUCUGGGAUGGGUUCAUUUAUUCUUGAACGUCUUAAUUCACACUUCCCAAAAAAACUUAUUCAAACGUAUUCAGUAUUCCCAAAUCUAGAAGAAACUAGUGAUGUUGUUGUUCAACCUUAUAACAGUUUGUUAACACUGAAACGUCUCACUUUGAAUGCUGAUUGUGUGGUUGUUCUAGAUAAUACUGCUCUGCAUCGUAUAGCUACUGAUCGUUUGCAUAUUGAGAAUCCAUCAUUUGCACAAAUCAAUCAGCUGGUCUCCAAAGUGAUGUCUGCUAGUACGGCUACACUUCGUUAUCCAAGCUAUAUGAAUAAUGAUUUAAUUGGCUUAAUAGCUCCACUAACUCCAACUCCACGAUUGCAUUUCUUAAUGACUGGUUAUACCCCGUUAACAACAGAUACUGAAGUUCCAACUAUUCGACGGACAACUGUAUUCGAUGUAAUGAGACGUUUAUUACAGCCAAAAAAUAUGAUGGUCUCCACUCCAACACAGCGCGGUGUCAGUCAUUGUUAUGUUUCUAUACUAAAUAUAAUCCAAGGAGAUGUCGAUCCUACUGAAGUACAUAAAUCACUACAGAGAAUUCGAGAACGCCGUAUGGCUCAGUUUAUACCUUGGGGUCCAGCUAGCAUUCAAGUUGCUCUGUCUAGGCGAUCUCCAUAUGUUCAGACACCACAUCGUGUUAGUGGUCUUUUACUUGCAAAUCAUACAAGCAUAUCAACUCUUUUCCUACGUACCUUAGCUCAGUAUGAUAAGUUACGUACUCGUGGUGCUUUUAUUGAACAAUUCCGUAAGGAAGAUGUAUUUCGUGAUGAUCCAGAAUUAAAAGAAUUUUCUGACAGUAGACAAGUUGUUCAUAAUUUAAUUGAAGAGCAUAGUGCAGCAACUCGAUCUGAUUACAUUCAUUGGGGUGCUCAACGUGCUGCCGCAGUAGCUGCAACACAAGCAGCGGCUGCGGCAGCCGCCAAUUCAAAUUCUUGA